AUGCUGCGACAAGGCUGCAGGGUUUACAAGAAUUCAAAGCUGCAGGGCUCUUACCAGGCUUGCUGCUCUAUUAAAGAGCUGGAUGUGUUCCACAGAGCACGUGAGAUUAAAGUGGAUCCUGACAAACCCCUAGAAGGCGUUCGGCUAGCUGCGCUGCAGGCAAGGAAGACUUUGUUGGUUCCCACCCCACGCCUGAGGACUGGGCUGUUCAAUAAGAUUGUUCCACCUCUGGAUGCAACUAAGGAGAUCCUGCGAAUAUGCGCUACGUCACAAGGUGUAAAAAAAUAUAGUGUCCCUGUAGGUCUUGAUGGGAAAGCACGAGUGGACUUGGUUGUUGUAGGAUCAGUGGCUGUCUCUGAAAAAGGCUGGAGAAUUGGAAAAGGGGAAGGUUACGCAGACAUGGAAUAUGCAAUGAUGGUGUCAAUGGGUGCCGUGCAGGAGGAUACACCUGUAAUCACUAUUGUGCACGACUGUCAGGUGGUUGACAUAGCAGAAGAGCUUCUUGGUGAUCAUGAUUUAACUGUGGAUUAUAUACUCACUCCAACAAGAACUAUCAAGACUAAUUGCAAACGACCGAAACCUCAGGGAAUCAUAUGGCACAAGGUCAGCUAUGAGAUGCUGGGAAAAAUCCCCAUCCUAAAGAGUCUACGAUACAGAGAGAAGCAGUCUGGCAAGGAUGUCACCCUCCAGGAUGAACAUUCGGACUUGGCAAACGCCAACACGCCAGCAGUGCUAAAUGAGAAGGCGAUGGCUGAGAGCGCAAGACCGCAGGCUGCUACGGGCUCAGCUCAAAUGGGACAACAUCAUGUUGAAAGUGAUUCUUUAAGUCCCAGAUUAGAGGGAUCUGGCGUGGUUACUACUGUGUAUGUGGGGAACAUACCUCCCAGCGUAAGAGUGAGCGAGCUGAAAUGCGCUUUAAGGGAAUUCCACGCAGCUCCUUUACGACUGAGUUGGCAAAGAGCACAGCACAGGGCUUUUCUCGAUUACAAGGAUAAAGCAACCGCAGAGAGUGCUGUAUCCUCUUUAAAAGGCUUGAGCCUCGGGGGUAAUACUUUGCGAGUCGAGCUGGCCAAGAAUCAGAGAAACAAAGAGCAAGUAGAAAUCAAUAGUCAGAAAUGAAUAUGAAUGGGGCAGAGGGAACAGGCGUGUUUUCAUUGUUUUGUGAGAAGCCAACCUAAGUUUUCAAGGAUGUUAGUAUAUCCUCUGAUUUC